AUGGAUAAUCAUCACAUAUCGAAUAUUCCUAGGCUGGGCCCGCGGGUUCCUGUUCACCCAGAGGCCAUUGGAAGAAUGGAAUCAAUGAUGAACAUCGCUGUACCUAACCGUGUUGUGGAGCCGCGCGCCGACUCAACCUCUCCUUCAGCUGAAACUAGCAGCUGUGGAGCCAAUGCCUGCGAGAAACCUACCAGUAGUUCGAACUUCACAAUGCCCAUUGUCCUGGGAAUCGUCAUCCCAGUGGUCGGUGCAUUGAUAUGCUUUGCUAUUCUCCACCGUCGACAUGUCCGAAAGCAGAGAGAGGAGGAUGCCAAUGACCAACAUGCAUCUAUGGAUUUUGGUUUAGGAAACGUGCCACAACCAGGAAGACCAAAGCGAGGACCACCAGCUGGGUUGGAUUUUGGAGAUGAGAAGCCAAUCGGCAGGAGUGGGAGACAGAUGUCAAUGGAUAUGGGAAUGCAGAGUCCGUAUCUGCUGCCACCGGAGCUUCAGAACUCUCGAGAAUCCCUUCAUUCGCUUUCGAGAACAAUCCACGAGCAGGAAGACCCUUACCGACCUGUGAAGGAGUACUACCCUGGCGAUGGGAUCUCUGUGCGGUCACAGUCGAAGCAAGGCUCGUCCAUCUACACGGGCUCAAGUGCUGCCCCUUCGAGACUUCAAGAGCUGGGAACGUCUGAGUUACUCGCCAAUGCUGGACAAAUGCCACGAAGCACUCCUCCAUCUACAGCAUACCCACCACGACAAAACUCGUUGCCGCAAAGCAAUGCUUCGAUGAGCCCUAUCAACCAGCGAUCUAGUAACUCCUUCUCACCUCCGCCAUACCCAGUUGAGCCAGCUCAGGCCCAUAUACCAGCUUCACCGGCUGAUGUGCAACGAAAAGGUCUCCCAACAAACCCUUAUCCCGGUCAAGGUCUAGGAGCCCCAAUCGCGCCAGAGAAUCGUGAAUCUUAUGCCAGCAACACGGAUCCCGCCGGUCUCAGAAAAAGCAAUAACUAUCUUGGAAUGAUGAUCGAUGCUCGUGAGCCGUCGCCUGCACCGGCACCGGCACCUCAAGAACUUGAGGGUACUGUUCGCAGGCCUGUGCUUGCUCCGCUCAACACGCUUCCAGCUAGUCCAAGACCUGCUCGUAAGGACUCGAUGCCAGCUCAACCACAAGCCCAGGUUGCGAUUGUGGAGAACGCUAGCGAGUAUGGUGAUGGUUUCCAGGUUACACCUCCAUCUCCUGGUCGUGAGAAUGCAGAGAUGAUGCGCGGACAAAGAUAUUCUAUGGACGUUCCUCCUGAGGAAUUCGCUCAAGCUGGAUUGGGCGCCACUGGUUUUGAUGCAAAGCGACUAUCGAUGGGUUUCCGACCUUUGCCUCCCAACGUUGUAACUGAGUCGGACGACCCUGAGAUCAGAGCCAAUAGAAUCCGCUCAUUCUACAAAGAAUACUUCGAUGACUCUAAGCCUGCUCCAAAGGGACAGUACUACGAGGAUUACGACGAGAACUAUAUGGGUGACGCCACUUACUACGACCCAGACUCGAACGCGUUUGUCAUGCCAUACGCCGAACCUAUCACUAGACGAGCAAUGACACCACCACCGCGCGGGCCACCAAGAUUCCAAGGACAGGGUCAGCCUCGAGGACGACAAGGCUCUAUGGGAGCUAUGAGUGCUAGUGGAAUGCGUGGACCUCCUCCAGGACCAAGAGCCUACUCGUCAGCCUCAGGACGGAUGGGCCCUCCUGGAGGACCUAAGCGACCACUCCCACCACCAGCUCCUUUGAACACUUUACCCACUCCUUCUAAGCUCCGAGAUGACAAUUUUGCUUUCAUGGGUGCUAUCGAUUUCGCUCCUCCCUCAACUUAUCGUGAUCGAGUGGCAGGUCGUUCAGAGAGUCCUCUUGGUGAGAGACGUCCAUACUCCCCAAUGGUGCCAGCAUAUGCUCCUGUGGUGAGCGCGUUUGAUGAGCUUGCACCAAUUCCUAGCCCACAUCUGCUUAGAAAUUCUGGGACAUUCACCUCAUUGGACUUUGCACCCCCAAAGAAGUUCAGAGACCAGGAUAAUAUGAGUGAUGCUGGCAGUAUUAGAAGCAACCGUAGCGGGAUCUCCACAACCCAACUCAGUGCUAUUCGUAGUGGAGCUUACCGUAUCAGCCGGAUUCCGCAAGAUGUAGUCUUCAGCAAAGAUGAUCUAGCAACCACUCUCAAGCCUCAAUGGGGCAUGCGAGCAGGCUCUUAG